AUGGUGUGCCAAAAGGUGUUGUUCUGGUGGGCUGUGGUGGGCGUGGCAGAGAUGGGCGUGUCAGCUCGUCUGUUGGAAGACGUGGUGUCCAGUUUGCGAAAUCUCCCUGUCAUCGGCAACAUCCUUCAGGCGUCCUUCCAUCCUGUUUUCCGCCCCAGGUUGCCGUCGUUGCAUCCUGCAGGACACCGAGAGGGCGAUGACGAGGACCUCGAGAAUCCCUGCUACGAGGACCUGGGGUGCCUCUACACAUCGAAGGACUUCUACCACCCGUUCCACCGUCCCAUGAACGUUCCGCCGUACUCCAGGGAACAGGUGAACGUCAAGUACACUCUGUACACGCGCAGGGAACGUGAGGGAACGACCGUCGGUGCCCAGAACGUGAAGCAGCUGAUCAACACGAGUUUCAGUCCUUAUAAGAAAACCAAAAUUCUUAUCCACGGGUUUCUCGACACGAAUACGGUGACGUGGAUGUUGGAGAUGACCAGGGCCUUGCUCCGGCACGAAGACCUCAACGUGUUGGCCGUGGACUGGUCGGGGGGAUCAAGGGCACUCUACACGCAAGCCACGGCCAACACGCGCCUCGUUGGACUCGAAGUGGCCCACCUGAUACGGCGCCUGCAAGAGCUCUCGGGUCUCAAUCCUCGAAAUGUCCAUAUCAUUGGCCAUUCGCUGGGGGCUCACACGGCUGGCUACGCGGGCGAGAGAGUGCCCGGCCUCGGCAGAAUCACCGGCCUGGACCCCGCCGAGCCGUACUUCCAGCACCUCCCCCCCCGCGUGCGCCUCGACCCCACGGACGCCACCUUCGUCGACGUCAUUCACACCGACACCAACUCCAUCUUCGCUCUCGGGUAUGGCCUGAGGCAACCCGUCGGUCACCUCGAUUUCUACCCGAAUGGUGGAGGCGAACAGCCCGGCUGCGAGACCAUUGCAAGGGUACCUCUGACGGCGAUGACGGAGGGAAAAAAUAUCCUUGAAGGUCUCGACGCAGCGCAGAAAGACCUGGUGGCUUGUCGACAUUACCGCGCCCCUAAGCUCUUUACCGACUCCAUCUUCUCGACUUGCCCAUAUGUGGCUUUCCAGUGUGAGUCUUACAAGCAGUACCUGGCCGGCCAAUGUACGAGCUGUGGCGAGGACGGUUCAAAAUGCGCGCGUUUAGGCUUGGAGGCGGAGAGGUGGCCCGGGAGGAACCGAACCCAGCACGCCACCAUGUUCCUCUCGACGGCUGAUGGACCCCACUAUUGCUUGCACCAUUACCGCCUGAUUGUAGAAGUGGCAUACAUAGUCGGGAGAUUAGGCUCAGUCCGCGGCCAUUUGCAUAUCUACGCCAUCAACGCCGACGGACAGAUUCGCGAGCUUCACAUGUUUCACUCGGCGAAGACCUUCCACCCCGGCAGGAGCUACACUUUCCUGGCUCAUCACCGGCAGGACCUGACUGACACGCAGGAGAUCCUCGUCCACUGGAGUUACGAGGCGAGUCCCUUCGACCCUUCCACCUUCUGCGUGCUCUUCUGCGACACCAGUCUUCCCCUGGGCAGCAUCUCCUUCUCCAGCGUGGAUCAGGUGGCGAAUAGACGGUACAACAACUACAUCUCCGAAGGGCCAGACAACGUGGCCAUGUGUCACAAGCAGGGCCACAACCUCAUCCUGAUCAAGAGCGGGGAGACCGUGAAGCUCGCGUCCUCCCCCAAGUGUGACCUCGUGACCAGGCGACUGCUGGCGCUCCUGGACGCCGUGUCGAGGCCGAUUCGCUACGUCAAGGCGAUUUCCGACUCCCCUGAGCUCGUCGAGCCUGUGAAGUGGGUUGCGGGUCGGUAGGUUUAGAGGGAUUUUCGGGUUUGGUUUGGGCGUGGGUUAGUUAGGGUAAUUUAGUGAGGGGGGGGGAUAGGUGUUUUUUUGGGGGGAUAGGUUUGGUUUGGUA